AUGACCUCCAGCAAAGACAUGAAGGCAGGGUCUGUGUUGCAAUGCAGCGGCGAGGAGAGGCGAGGAGCGAGGGCGCCUUUGGACCAGCUGCCCCCGCCUGCCAACUCCAACAAGCCGCUCACGCCCUUCAGCAUAGAGGACAUUCUCAACAAGCCCUCGGUCAAGAAGUCCGUGCACGCAAGCGUCAGGCCACCGCGCGUCCUGCAGGAGAAAGUGGCCGCUUCGAACGCACCUCGGAACGGGAUCAGCACGCCGUCCUCCCCGCUAUGCGCCCUGGAGGAGCUGGCGAGCAAGACGUUCAAAGGCCUGGAAGUCAGCGUGAUCCAGGCAGCAGAAGGCCGCGAACACGUCAACUCCUUCGGCCAGAGGCAGAGCUCCAAAAAGAGGAGAAAGUCGCGGACGGCCUUCACCAACCAUCAGAUCUACGAGCUGGAGAAGCGCUUCCUGUACCAGAAGUACCUCUCCCCCGCGGACAGGGACCAGAUCGCGCAGCAGCUGGGCCUCUCCAACGCGCAGGUCAUCACAUGGUUCCAGAACAGACGCGCCAAGCUCAAGCGGGACCUGGAGGAGAUGAAGGCGGACGUGGAGUCGCUGAAGAAGCUGACGCCGCAGAGUCUGCAGAAGCUGGUGACCAUGGAGAGCCUGGAGGAGCAGGAGCGGGAGCAGGAGAGGGAGCGGGAGGAGCGGGAGGAGCGGGCUCAGGGCGCGGGCUCCCCCAGUGUGUCCCCCUGCACGUCACCGCAGGGACACGGAGGCUUCCCGCACUCGCCCUCCUCCUCCAGAGACCACACCACGGACGAGUUCUCAGAGGACGAUGAGGAGAUAGAGGUGGAUGACUGA